CAACGAUGAACAAAUCUGUAAUGUAAUCUUCUAUCUUGAAUAAGCCAUGGACUUCGUUGGUGUUUUCGUGUGGCUUUCGGUUGUGGUCACCAUCCUCUCCAGGUCGCACGCAGACCGCAACGUUUACCCUUCAGCCGGCGUGCUGUUUGUCCACGUGCUAGAGAGAGAGUAUUUUAAAGGGGAGUUUCCACCCUUCCCCCCCUAUUCGAAGUCAGGUGAUGCCAGCAACGACCCGAUCACCUUUAAUACUAACCUGCGGGGAUAUCCCGACAGGCCAGGGUGGCUGCGAUACAUCCAGAGAACCCCGCACAGUGACGGAGUCCUCUAUGGCUCCCCGACAUCAGAGCACGUUGGCAAGCCGACGGUCAUUGAGAUUACAGCCUAUAACAGACGCACUUUUGAAACUGCCAGGCACAACUUGGUCAUAAACAUCAUGUCUACAGAAGAGUUCCCACUGCCAUAUCAGGCAGAGUUCUACAUCAAAAACAUGAAUGUGGAGGAGAUGCUGGCCAGCGAGGUGCUGGGAGACUUCCUGGGAGCUGUGAAAAACGUGUGGCAGCCCGAGAGGCUGAAUGCCAUUAACAUUACGUCCGCGCUGGACCGCGGCGGCCGAGUCCCGCUGCCCAUCAACGACAUGAAGGAAGGGGUGUAUGUGAUGGUUGGAGCAGAUGUACAGUUCUCCUCUUGCCUGCGGGAGGUGGAGACGCCUCAGAACCAGCUGCGCUGCAGUCAGGAGAUGGAGCCAGUCAUCAGCUGUGACAAGAAGUUCAGGGCACAGUUCCACAUUGACUGGUGUAAAAUCUCUCUGGUGGACAUCACUAAGGUGGCGCCGGUGCACAGUCACAGGCCCGACCCGGGCACCGGCGUGCUGCCCGACAUCGGGGAGUACGACCCGCCCGCCGAGUCUCUGAAAAGUAGGGACUAUUUUGCUGAUUUCCUGAUCACGCUGGCGGUGCCCUCCGCUGUCGCCCUCGUCCUCUUCAUCAUCCUCGGCUACUCUAUGUGCUGUCGACGGGAAGGGGUGGAAAAAAGAAACAUGCAAACACCAGACAUUCAGCUGGUCCAUCACAGCUCCAUCCAGAAGUCCACUAAGGAACUCCGUAACAUGUCCAAGAACCGAGAGAUCUCCUGGCCUCUCUCCACCCUGCCCGUCUUUCACCCCGUGAGCGGUGAGGUCGUGCCACCCAUCCACCCUGAUAACUAUGAAACCACCAGCAUGCCUCUCAUGCAGACACAAACAAAUCUUCAAAAUCAAAUUCAAAUACCACAGCAACAGCCCUCGGGUAAAUGGUAUUCCUGAGGAGAGGAAGGUGGCCGAAGCACUUAACUUGUAAUAAACUCUUUUAAAGUAUUAAGCCUGUUUUUG